CAACGCUCAAAACAAAACCUUUCGCUUUAUCUUUUUUUUUUUGUUUUGGAUUUAACAAAAUUAUAACAUACCAUGGACUCAACAGGCAUGGCGUUGGAUUUACUGCAGGCGGUAACGGAAGAGAGCGCCGCAACGAUGGAGUCUUCGACGACGGCCACGACAGUCAAUACGCCAACAACUACAAAACCAUGCACACCCACAAGCAGUUCAAGUUGCUGCCUCCCACCAUCCCAUUAUGUUUCCCAGUUCCGCAUCGGCGGUCAGCCCAUAUUGCCGCCAUUGAUGACAGAGGAAAAGCGACGAGAGAUGCAACUAAUGCGGGAGCAGGCGGUGCAGCUUGAGGCCAAGUAUAAGCAGGCGCGCGCAGUCAGAUCGUUGUCAACGCUCUACAGCACCACCACGAUUGCGCAGGAGCAGCAUCUGGAACAGACAGAAAAAGAACAGCAACAACAAGUAGCAAUAAACAAAAUCAGGACUUUGCAAGAAUUGUGUGCACUAUCAAUGGCCAAGAAGAAGAAGAAUAGCGAUAGCAACAUCACUCCAACGCUUACUCCAAUUCCUAUUCCCGUGAACGUUGCCUCUGGCGAAUCACUGACCGUACGGCACAGUAUGCCACAGCUACAGCAGACAAAGACGUUCAUCUUCGACAGCACACAACUGCCGCCGCCUCCUCCACCGUUAGUACCACGUCGCCGACCCCAGACGCUCGACCUGGAACUCGAAGUGGAGCAAGAGUCGGAUUCAGAAAUGGGUACCAUACCGAUUAUUUGUGUGGAUCCGCCCACGCCACAACAGUCGCAGCAGCUACAGCCUCAGCCACAGCCAUCCCCAGAGCCAGAGCUGCUGGCAUACCAAGACUGCAAAAGAGAGGGACAGAAUGGUCAACCACGGGCUGCGAUCUGCCCUUCGCCCAGCUGCAGUCCAAUGCUAAAUUGUCGCCGCCGUAAAUUAAACACCAUUACAAGCAAGAUUCUACACUUUGAGCGUGCUCUCGACACAGGAAUUCGGCGUACAACGUCCCCAGCACCACCACCAGUGGCGACUGUCGUCUGGCAGGACAGCCGUAUGCAGCGCUCCAGCACUAGUCCGGCCCUAAACGGAGAGUGUGCUGCAGAUGCGGCUCUAAUGUUACGAUCACGAUCCUUCACGUUGGAUGAGCCAUCACAGGCGCUGGUGGAUCACAUGCAGCGUACGGCAGAGGCGGCGGCAGCGACUGACCCGAAAGGCAGAUCCCAGCCAUUAAUGCGCUGCCGCUUUGCUGAUAAAAAAUCUGCACUAACGCCCUCUAAUUCUCCUGGUCGUUCCUUCGUCUCUAUGAGUUAUGCCCACCUUCGUCGCGACACUGUAGAGUCCAAGGCGAAGCGAGUCCAGCGCAACAACUCCAACAGUCGCAUCUGUUCGCGUUCCUCAUCCAGUACUCACACAAGCUUUCGAGGUAGCCCUCAGCGUAGCCGCUCUUCUCCCAACAAUGUGCUGCACUGCACAGCUGCUACGCUCCGCAAUCAACAGCAGCUGGAAGAGCUCUUGGAGAGUGCGCUGCAUGAGAGCUGUAGCACCGACACCCACGAACGUGUUCAGCUGGCACUAGCCAAGCGAAAAAUGUUCCAUGACAUCAAGUGUGCGCAUCGCAAUCGAUUUCAGCAACUGGUCCACUACCAACAUGAAGAGCAGCGUCGCAUGCAGGACGAGUUCGAUCGGCAACAGCAGUUUCUGCUUGACGAGAUCUGCGCGGAAAUAAAUGUAUCCAAUUAUGCGCAUAACGCGCACAACUCUGUGUCAGAAUACACCAGCACCGAUGAUUUGGAGCAGCUACAUGAGACGCUCUCGCAGCUGCAGUGCCGGCGCAGCUCCCCAGAGCUGCCCGAGCGGCGUUUGCUCUCCAACUUACGCAGCUCACAGCCGUCGACGACCCCCCAGAGCAGCAGCUGCUCAGAGGCACCCAUUAGCACACUGCCCAGCAUAAAUAUCACCAUCACAUCGCCAACAGUGUCCUCGCCGGCUAACAGCACGCCAACGACGACGACAGCGACAACAGCAGCGACGCCACAGACGUCACCAUCCAGCCUAAUGGGCCUCGAUAGUUUUUUGGCCACGGAGACGAGCUGUCGUGCCGCUGCCGGGCAGCAGUCCAGCGCUCGCAAGCGCCUCUUCGACUCAACUCCCGAACAGAGUCUGAUUACACAGCCGACAGAUGUGCUUGCCCUGCCCCCACAAAAGGAGUCGACAAUGCAAUCGGACUUAAUAGUUCGUCCAACCGUUCGCAAUUCGCCCACAGUCGGCAACCGGAGUGCACGACAGCGUCAAUCUUCGCCCAAAAAAACCAAUCAACCGUCAGCCGGCAGCGCCCCACAAAAGUCGCCCAUGCGCUCCAAAACUCCGAAAUUAUCGCCCCCGUCCAGCAAGCCACACCAGAAUCGUAAUGCCGUAUCACCCAUGCGUGUGGCGGCUCGCAAUCAGCUGGCGUCCCCAACUCGUGCCCAGUCCCAGCAACGGGCGGCGUCAAACACGCGUCGGAAUGUAUCCCCGAGUCGCCAGAGUCAACGAGGCCGUCAGCUUCAGUUGCUUUAUGCCCAGCUGGAGGAGCCGCAACGACUCGAAUUGGCCGCCACGCAGCUUACAGCCGGAGUCCGUGGGUUCCUUGUGCGUCGUCUCUUCCGGACAGAACAAGUACAGCGAAUUGUCCAGACUAUUCGGGACACACUCAUCUUUGUGCUCAAUCUGCAUCUGGAGACAUGCGGCGACAGCCUGGAGGAGGAGGCACCGGCCAAUAUCAGACUAAAAGCUCGAUUAUUGCAGCAGUUGUGCUCGGCCAGUAGGACUCUACAUCUGGUCUUCUUCCAGACAAGCAUAAAGGAGCGUAUGGAGAUAAUCGCCCGGGAUCGUAAACGUAUCAAGACUAAGAUGCUGGCCAUGCAUGUCAAGCGUCGCCUCUAGGAGGUGUGCCUUUUACUUCUUGCCCCAAGAAAUGCCUGAUUGGAUAAAAUGGAAAUGUAUGAACCCGUCAAAAAAGAAUUGUGCCUUCAGAAGCAUUGACAUUUUAAUUAAAGAGUUUUAUCAAA